AUGAAAUAGAAAUAUAUUGCAAUUGUAUAAUAUUGUUAUUAAUUGAAAUUCAAUUGUUCUGAAAUUGAGUUUGCUAGAAUGACAAGUCAAAGAAACAAUUAAUAUUACAAUGGCUUAGAAAUCGUAAGAGACUCAAAUUUCUUAAUGAUCAAUAUUUAUAUGUAAUUACAAUCUUUUAAAAGUAGAAGCUGGUAAUACAAAGGAUCUAAGAGUUUUUAUGAUAGUUUUGGAAAGAGUAGAGUCUAAGACACUCCCAUUACAGAGGUUAGAUUUGACGGAUUUGAGUGUUGUAAUAUUUUAAUAUUAUCUUUAAUAUGUAACCAAAAUUCUAAUUUAUAACAUUACAUGAAUGCUGGUGGUCUUAAAACAUCAAUAAUAUUUAGAGCUAUAAUGGGUAUAAUGAUUACCAAUGUACAUAAUUAUUUGCUACAUGGGCUUAAUUAUUUUGUCCCAUAUGAUUGUGAUGAUGCCAGAGAUCUCUUGAAAACAGCAGUUAGGAAUCCAAAUCCAGUAGUUUUUCUUGAAAAUCAAAUUACAUAUAUGUAUUUGAAGUUUAAGACAAUUUUAUGGAUAAUGAUUACUUUAUACUAAUUGAAGAAGUAAAAUAAUGAGCCAAGUAUGAUAAUAAAUUAACUUGAGAUAUUCAAUAUUAAUUGGUGCAGAUUUGGAAAGAGAAGAAAUUUUUUGUUAAGUUAUCAAUCUCAGAACCUUGAAACAUUAAAUAGAAAUAUUAUUAUUGAAAGUAUCAAAAAGACUAAUAAGUAACAUUAAUGA